UUGUCUUCUUUAUUUUGUUAUUUCUUUUAUUACUAUUUUGGUGUUGUUUGGCUUGAGUCAUUGUUACUACAGGUCGGUGACCUUUGAUGACUCUCACUUUUCGUGAAUAAACAAUCUUAGUCUUAGUCUUAGGAUCUCGUCUGGUGGUUUCCUUCGAGAAAGACAGAUCUAAGGUACGACAAGUCUCUUUUCACAAUUGUCUUGACGUUUGUUGAGCGAAUGUUACGAGUACAGUUUAUGCUAAAGGAUGAAUCAUUUCCGACAGACGAAAAAGAAUAUUUUAUUGAGCAGAAUAUGUGCAGUGGCCAGCGAUAUUAUGCUCUGUUCUCAUUAUUUGAAAGUUACCAUUCUUUGUUCGAUGAGAACAAGGAGUAAUAACACCCUCACACGGUGUGGACGAAGUCGUGUUGCGUGUCAUGCCUUAACUCUAUCUUUCUUGAAGAAAACCACCUGACGAGAUCCUUGAGAAAGGUCGAAACCGGUCGCAGUAUCGUCUUUUGAUACUUCCAGAAAUAAGUUCUGUUUGAGCCUCUAAUAACUAAAAAAGUGAUUGUAAAAUUAAAUUAAGAUUAUAUUAUCGAGUCAGGCUUUUCAUAUUCAUACAUAUUUCCUCAUCAAAUUUAGAACAAUUUUGGAACGUAUGCGUGGUCGACGAGGAAGAGCAAUGUCUUCGCAAGAAAAUCUUAUCAAAGAUUCAAGUUCCACAUCAGAUGUCAGUCCACGUUCUAAUGUAAAUGAGAAUUAUCCUCCACAACCUUUGAGACCUGGAAGACGAGAAAAUCGUCGCCAACGUCGUGCACAGAGACCAUCGAAUGAACUUGUGAAUCAAGCAUUUCAAGCCGAAGAAUAUCAACAACCACAACAGCUAUCUUUUAGGUCCCCUAUUGAAGAACGACAAAAUUCUGAUGAUGAAAUUGAAAAAGAUAUUAAACAUGCUGAUAAAUUAGUCACUGAUGUAUCUAAACAACAUCGUCGUACAGUCAAGGAAUUGCGUUCACAACGUAAACAGAGUCAGACCGACGAGGAUAGAGAUGGCCGUGAAGAUGAUGUUGAUGAUAAUCAGAAACAUUUGAAAGAUCAAAUAAAAGAACAACAAGAGAUUUUGUCACGAAAAACAGAUGCGAGUGAUAGAGACGAAAAUGAUAUUGUAGAACCAUUAAAAACAAAUUUCAGAGAUCGAUCAAUCGAUCAAAUAAUCGAAAGCGCGAGACGCUCAGUAGUGAAAACACCCGAUGAUGAUCUAACGUCUCGUCCAUCCUCAACGAUGGGCUCUGCUCGCCGUGGUGAAUCAACAUUACAAAAAAUUUUAAACCGGCGAGAUGUUCGACUAGAUCGAGAUCAAGUAACUACCUUGGGUGAUACAACAACAAUCGGACAGCAUGGCUCUCGUUUUGAUUAUGCCCAUUCAAUCUCAACAUCGUUCGAUGAAGAACGUCAAAGACAAAUAAGAGAUAAACAGCAGACUCGUUGGCAAAAAACAGCUAAAUUAGCAUUAGCUAAUAGUCUCAUUCCACCACCAUCUGAACAAGAAGAUUUUUUCAUGAAAGUAUGGACUGAUAAUGAGGUUGUACAAGAUAAACAGCAGGCCGAUAUUAGUGCACUUGUUACUACUGCACCUACUACGACAGCUGAUAUCGUGAGUGCUGAUGGUACACCACAAAUAAAGCCGCCUGAAAUCGAGCAAAACAUCACUCCUAAAGAAGAUGAUACACAACCACUAUUACCUCAACCAGUUUUUGGUGAAUUACAACCAUUACUAUAUCAAAAAGCGGAGCCGAUUUCGACCGAUGAACAACGUGAUCAUGAAAACAAAAUAUUUAAAUAUGUUAUCGGAGGACAAUUAAGUUUGGAAGAGAAAUUAGGUGCAGGUAUCGUUCACCCAAGAUUACUUGAAGACGAAGGUAUUUAUGUUGGAAAAAAACCAGUUGUACCAACAAAUUCCGUCUUACGUACGGAAAAACGAAUUCUUCAAGAAAAAAACUUGGAAAAUAAGCCAGCACAACGAUGGUUUGGUCCAGAUGGUCAAAUAGUAUCAUUACCUGAUCCAACAAAAUUUGUGCCAACUCGUCCACUUGUAGAUGAAACGUUCGAUGCAGCCAUCAGCAAAGAAUUUCAUAAAGCUUAUGUGAUGGAUGAUGUAACACCAGUAAGUCAAACUGGCAUCGAACGUUAUCGUCUCGAUAUCGAUAUUGGUAGUAUCGCCUUUACACACCAUCAUUUAUUCAGUGUAGAACAUGUAUUAGCUAUGAAAUUAAAACAAAUGUAUCAUCAUUAUGUUAUUAGAAAACAACAACGACUUGUCGACUUACUUUCUGAAAAAAUAAAAGCAUUAAAAAAUGCUGAAACAAAUUGUCGUACAAUAUUAGAACAAAAUCGAUAUUCGGAGAAUGCUUUACCAAACGAAGUGAAUCGUUUAAAAAAUUAUCAAAAUGAAUUACGGCAAGCACGAAAUCAACGUUGCAGUGAAAUGAAACUUGAUCGUCAAUUAUUGGAAAAAAUGCUUGAUACAUGGAGAAAAAUUAAAGAUAUAAGAAUAGCACGGGGUUAUACUACAACGCCAGUUAAACUUAUUAUCAAACAACUAUCAGGAAAACGUGCAAAACAUUCUGAAGUAAUUCAACAACAAAUAGAAGAUGAAAUAGCUGAUGAAAUUACAUUAGCACGUGAAAAAUAUAAAUUUGAAGAAAAAGAAUAUAAUAAAAUAGUUAAAAAACGAAAAUUACAAUCAAUUCGAAAAAAAGAAGCUCAGAAACGUUUAGAGAAGAAGGCAAGAACAACGGUGGAGUAUGAUCAGACCGAUACUAAUGAUUUGGCAAUAGUCAACGAAGAAGAUAUUCCACCGAGAUCGAAACCAGUGGCUAGAGAAGAUGAUGAGAUACGAACAAUAGUACUAGAUAAAUAUAAGAAUACUGUGCGUCCACCAGAUGAACCUGAAGUAUUACUUGAACUUGUUUAUUCAGAGCCAGUUACAAAUGAUCUAAAUUGUUCAGCAAAUGAACAACAACGUCGUCGACAACUACAAUUUUCAUCGGACAUUUUUGUACGAAUAUUGAUCAAUAAUAAAGUGAUUGCCAAUACGACAAACAUCUCAUUAACAAAUGAAUUUGAAGGAAAAAUUAGCCAAAUAUUUCCUUGUUAUAUUGUUCGCAUACCAGAUACAAUUAAAAUUGAAAUAUAUGAAAAUCGUCUACGUUCACUGUUAUUAGCUGAAGUAUAUUUACCCAUACCUGAAGCAACAAUUACUAGUGAAAAUUAUAAAUUAGAGGGAAUUGAGUUUAGUUCAAAUACUCUUAUUCGAACAAAUAAUGCUGGUGUUGGUGCAGGUGUACCAUCGCCAUAUAUCGACGUUAUUGAUAGACCCAACUUAUAUCUCGAAGGUAUUCUAAAUGCAGCUGUUGCAUGGGGUGUUCAAGAUGGUGAUGUACUAGUUCCAGCCGGAUACACAAAAUCACAAGAUCCUUUCAGACGUCAAAAAGAUGUUAAUAUUAAUGAUCCAAAAAGUUUAAUUGAAUGGAUAAAUAAAUCCAAUUUAGAUCCAUAUGAUCCGGAUAAUGCAUUUUUUCUUAAUUUAGUUAAAGAUUACAUGGGACUUGAUAUACGUUCAUCAUCGUUAUCGGAUUUCAACACAUUACAACAUUAUCGUCUCAAUCAAGAAACUGGUAUUGAAUUAAUCGAUGAUCAAGAAAUAGAUAACUCGUUAAGAUUCAAAUUAUUACAAUUACGUAAAGAGAAUAUACCUGAUUUUAAAGACUGUAAAAACAUACCACCAUAUGAUUAUCUUGUUAGAAUACAAGAUACGGCAUUCAAGAAUUAUAUUAAUCGUCGAAAAGAAAUAAUCGAGAGUGAACAAGAACAACGAUUCAAUAGAAUUGAUGCUGUUCGAAAACAUGGUGAAAAAAAUCUUCGUAAAAUUCGAGAGCAAAUAUUAGCUCGACUAAAUCUAUCACGUUAUAGAAAAUCAUUUCAAGAUAUGGUUAUUGAAGAAUCGGUGCCUAAUAUUGGAGCUUUGAGUGGUGCACUUCAACGUUUAUACAUUGAACCUCGAAGACCACUGUAUCCUACACGUAAAGAAAAGAAGAAAAUAGCCGGUUUCACAUUAGUUGGACGAGAAGUUUAUAUAUUAAUCAAUAUUAUUGGUGCUAUUGAUUUACCUAUUCGACGAGAUGUUAUUGACCGACUAAAUUCAGUUAUGUCAUCGAUUCAAUUUUUUUUAAAACUUUUUUAG